AUGUAUGAAGAUCAAAAAUAUGUUAAUUAUUUAAUAGCCCUGCUGGUCAGAAGUGAGUUAGCAGAGGCUGAUCUCGGCGUCUUGUUCAUGCACAACGAAGGGUACAGCACCAUGUGUGGCCACGCUGUCAUUGCUCUCGGGCGCUUUGCGGUGGAUUAUGGCUUGAUUAAAGCACCCACUUCACCAGAGACGCAGAUAAACAUACACUGCCCCUGUGGCUUAGUGAAGGCCUUUACACAGUAUUCCAACGGGAAAACUGGAGCUGUCAGAUUCCACAGUGUGCCAGCCUUUGCUUUCGCUACGGAUGUGAGUGUCUCGGUACCAGGAUAUGGGUCCAUCACUGUGGACAUCAGUUAUGGUGGAGCUCUGUAUGCUUUUGUGAGUUCUGAGAAAUUUGGAUUGGAUGUCAACAAGUCCAAGACCAGAGAUCUGGUGGAUGCAGCCACUGCUGUGAGUGAUGCUGUUAAAUCCCAGGUAAAGCUGUACCAUCCAGUCAGUGAGGAUCUGGCCUUCCUCUAUGGCACAAUCCUUACUGACGGCAAAGAUGCUUUUUCUGAAGAGCCCACGGCCAAUGUGUGUGUGUUUGCUGAUGCACAGGUGGACAGAAGCCCUACAGGGUCAGGCGUCACUGCUCGUAUAGCUCUUCAGUACCAUAAAGGCCUGAUCGGACUGAACCAGACCAGAAGCUUCAAGAGUGGAGCUACAGGAUCAGUGUUUACAGGAAAAGCAAUAGAGGAGACCACGUGUGGGGACUUCAGGGCUGUGGUAGUGGAGGUCAGAGGUCAUGCUCACUACAGCGGUGUGGCCAGCUUCACCCAAGAGAGCGAUGACCCUCUGAGAGGAGGUUUUCUUCUGCGCUGACUUAAAGUUUACAACUGAUAUUUCUGCUUCUGAUCGCAGGUACAGUGUAAGACAGGUUUUCUGAGCUCAGGGACAUGUGAAUCUUCUGAUGUAGGUUCUUUAUAAAGGAAAUCAUGAUUAGACAUUGAAUAAAUGUUUAGAUAUGAUAUAUAA